AUGGUUCGAAUGGUUGUUGAGUUGUUUGUCGUCUGCCUUUCGUUGGGGUUAGUCGUUGCGGAUUCAAGUGGAAGGAGCAUUAAUGAUACCACAUGUGGACAGGAUGUUGCAUUUAACCUCACGGCCUACUACCAGAUGCCACCGCUCUACCAGUACGACGAUUACGACCGUUGCCUUGAGGAGUUUCCCGUCCGAGCCACGUACUGUCUGGUGGACGGUUGGAUCGCUCCAAACACCAGCAACCCGCUCUGGUCCGUGAUACAGCAGUUUUCCGCCGACACCAAGCGCAGUUUCCGGCAUGAUCGCGUGCAGCGAGGUCUCUGCAUGAACCGCUGCCAGCAGCUAAUGGGCAAGUACGAUCGGCGUACGCAGAUGAAAUACUAUCAGCCCGAGUUCGAAGCCGCCGACUCUCAGGAGAUCACGUUCGAUCCGAACACGUUCCGCGAGGCGCUAGACUGGCGCAUCCGGUUCCGGCGUUUAGCCAAUCAAUGUGUCAAUUUCGAGCUGCGACGCCAGUACGCCCUGAUGGCCUACUCAACGGUCGAGUACUGCACCACGACCAUGGAAGGACGAACCGUUGGUCCACCGUCGGAUGCGCUAGAUACGAUUGAGGUCACCUUUCUGUGCGUCCUGGGGGUGGUUAUCAGCCUGACGGUGGUUUCCACGGCGUACGAUUGCCAUCGGUGUUACCGCACAAAACCACCCACACCGAGGCUAACGGAUGGAUUAGGAGAUUACUAUCGAUCUGGGGUGGGACGUCCCGGCGUAAGCCGUCUGUCCUGCCUGCUGGUGACGUUCUCGUUGCCCCGGAACUGGCACCUUCUGACGGCGUCCCGACGAAAGACAUCCACCACACCGAAGGAUCUGCGGUUCCUGCAGUCGGUACGGUUCCUCGUGAUGUACCUCGUCAUCGCCGGCCACUCGAUGCUUUUUAAUUGCAUUUUUCCGCUGUUAAACCCGCAGUACGUGGAACUGAACUAUCGCCGCUUCAUCACGAUGCUCGUAUUCAAUGGUAUCACGGUGGUGCAGACGUACUUCACGAUCAGCGGUUUCCUGUUGGCGGUGCACUUCAUCGACCUAGCUGACCGCCAACGGUCCUUCGGUUGGGGUGAUUUCACACGCGGCAUCCUUUACCGGUUCUUUAGGUUAGCUCCGGUGUACGGGUUCAUGGUGCUGCUGGACGCAUCCUGGCUGGUGCGGUUACAGGACGGUCCCAUCUGGAGGCGAGUGGCCGAAACGGAGCGCACCUUUUGCCGGCGCAACUGGUGGGCGAACGCGUUGUUCGUGAACAACUACCUCACCGUAUCGGAACCGUGCCUCCAGCAGACCUGGUACUUGGCGACGGAUUUCCAGCUGUUCGUGGUGGGAUUGGCCCUUCUCGGUGUGACCUGGCGCUACCCGAAGCUUCUGAAACCCCUGCUAGCUCUGGCCACGCUUGCCGCGAUCCUAACCCCGGCCAUCGUAACGUACGUCAACCGCUUCGAAGGCGUCGUCAUCCUGCGACCCGAGGCUCUCAAGUACGUGCUGUGGUAUGACGCGAUGUACCGCAACAUGUACAUCCCGGCGCACACCAACUUUGGCGGGUAUUUGGCCGGUUUGAUGGCCGGUUUGAUGUACCAUAAGCUGAAGCGGUCUGAAUUCGACGCCACCCGGCACCGGGGCUUUCAAGUGCUCUGCUACACGGCCCUACCAGUCGCCAUCGUCCUGCUGCUUUCGGCGUACGUAUUUUACGCGUACGACUUUGAGAAACCCGCGCUUUGGAUCGCACUGUAUGCGGCGGUUUCGAGGAAUCUCUGGGGCGCACUUUUCGGCGUGCUGUUCGUGGGGCUAGCAUUCGGCGUCGGUGGCUUCCUCCGAGCCAUGCUCAGUAAUCCCAUCUUUCGGCCGCUCGGGAAAGUGACGUACUGCGUGUUCCUGUGCCAUCUGUUUGUGAUUCGCGUCACGUUGGGCAAUAUUCGUCAACCGAUAUACGUCAGCGAUACGAGAAUUCUCGUUUCGACUUCGUCCACGCUGGUGCUUGCGUACAUCAUGGGCACGUUAAUGUGCCUGCUGGUGGAGCAGCCAUUUUCCAACAUCCAGAAAGUUCUCUUUUUCUACCAGCAAGAAAAUGUCUAUAAAGAAGAGAUACAACUAGAACAAAAUGGACGAAAUAGUACAGCCGAGCGUCGUGUGGAACCAACGAUGGAAACGAAAUUAGAAUCGUGA